AAGAUAUAGAGAGGGAAAUAUGGAAGCCAAGAUGGAUGUAAUAUCGAAGGAGUUGAUAAAACCUUCAUCUCCAACCCCACAAGAUAGUAAAACACUUGAACUAUCUCUUCUAGAUCAGAUCAUACCGCAUUUUUUCGUUCGUUUUCUUUUUGUUUACGAAAAACAGCGACAACCCAGUGUUGAUCCUUCCAAAACAACCGCCCAAUUGAAGAAAUCUUUGUCGGAGACUUUAACCAAGUUCUACCCUUUAGCUGGAAAGCUAAGUCCAGAUCAUCACUCCGUUGAUUGUGAUGACUCCGGAGUACUGUUUGUGGAAGCCAAUGUUGAUGCUACCCUCUCACAAGCCGUUCAAAAUGCCCCAUUCGAAAGAUUUUCGCAAUACAUGCCAUCUGAGACAUACAUUCGUGGGGGAAAUGACGAUUCUAAAGCAGUACCAUUUGAUGCUAACUGCGGAAAAGGAGACAUACUAUUUGCAGUUCAAAUCACUUGGUUUAGAUGCGGAGGAGCUUCCAUUGGGGCAUGCAUUUCCCACAAGGUAGCCGAUUUUAUGUCCUUGAUCGCGUUUAUGAAUUCGUGGGCGGCCAUGAAUCGAGGUGAGAAUACCAGCAAAUCAGACUUGUUGAUGAAGGUACCCGUUUUUGAUUAUGGGACGCGCAUUUUUCCUCCGUUACACAAUGCUGUUAGGGCUGAACGGCCUAAACAUACAAAUAAUGAAGGAAAGAUGGUGUGCAAGCGGUUCGUGUUCAAUAAGGAAAAGAUAACAGAACUAAAACAAAUCUUGAUUUCUUCUUCCUCGUCGUCAUCAACAUUACCAAUAGUACCAGAGGACCUGACCCGGGUUAAAGUUGUUUCCGCUUUCCUAUGGAAGCAAUUUAUCAAUGUGGCAGUGGCAAAAAACAACCAAGCUGGCGGAGCUAAUGUUUCGUUAUUCAAAGCUUCGCAUACAGUGAACUUGAGAAGCCGAAUUGGAAACUUGCAGACCCUUUCAUCUAAUGAGUUUGCUUUCGGCAACAUUAUGGUUCCUGUGUUUAUUUCAUUCACUCUCAAUCAGAAUCUGCAGACUGAUUUUUAUGGUGAUCUUUUUAGGCUCAUGGGUGAUGCAUUGAGUAAAGUGAAUGAAGACUAUGUAGUCAAUCGUGCAGUGCCUCUGUUCAAAAUCAUUGCUACUCGUGGACUAGAACGAGUAUCACAACAACCAACAUGGAACAUGGCGAUUCAUGAGACGCGGUUUAGCAGUUAUUGCAGAUUCCCGAUUUGUGAAACGGACUUUGGUUGGGGUAAACCUGUUUCAGUCGGCCCUGUGGAUAUCUCAAAUAGCAGCAUGAUCAUCUUAAUUAGCACAAAGGAUGAGGAAGGAAUAGAAGCGUGGGUUACCAUGUCAGAAGAUGAGGUGGCUUUAUUUUCAGAUGACUUGCUUUCAAUUGCAGCGCCUGGAUUUUUUUCAAGUGACUUCAAAUAAUUAGUUAAUAAUGAUCAUGAGACGGAUUUGAUUUGUUACGUUUGUAUUGUAAGUUUCUUGCCUCCUACCUCGUAUACCAACCAAUGGUUUCAAG